AUGUCAGACACUUUCCAUCUCUUCUCUCGGCUCCCAUGGGAAUUGAGAGAGUUGAUUUGGACUUUCGCCCUCCGACCCAGAAAACCAGGGGUCCACGUUUUCGGAACAGAUCCUCGCACCACAGACGACGACGACCUUACACUACGUAGCGAUUAUGCCAGGCCGUUUCUUGUCUCCCAAAGAGGGCUUCGGUUGGCCGCUCCAACUCCACACCCCUUGCCACCUACCGGUGCUCUACACGAGCCGUCCUGGACGACAAACAACCCAUCUAGCUACCUUAUUGACGGGGGCCUCUGGACAGCGUGUAAAGAGUCUAGGGUCGUCAUGGAGCAGGAGUACGAGUCCAAACGUUGGCGUGCCUUUACGAAUGGUCGCAAAAACGAUCAUGAGUUCAACAUGCGGUUGUACGACUUCCCCGGCGACUCGUUGCCCGAGGAGAAAAGGAUGUCAGCAAUGGGUUAUUUUCUCAAUAAUGUCUCUCCGCAUUAUUUCACAGUUCUUCCGGAGAUGGAUCUAUUCUUCCUCCAGGCUAACAGCCGAGAGCCCGAUUUGAUCAACUUGUACGGUCUUGAUUAUGGUCAUGGACUUUGGUCACCGGAUGUUGGACUCGCUGGACCAAAAAAUGUUGCCAUCGAAUUCGAUCCGACAUGGUGUGCCAGGAUCGAGACAGAUGAGCGGGACGAAGAAGGCAUAUCUAAGCUGCUAGAUGAGUUCACUAGAGCAUCCAUCUUGUCCCACCAUAUCAACACCAUAUGGAUCGUGGACUAUAGCUUGAAAAGGCGGGCAAAAAAGUCUGAAUUGCAAUCAAGGGAGCCGAGACGGAAGGUCUUUGAAGGCGCAGACCGUCGAUUUGUCGAAGUGGCCGCUGGUUGGCGCCAUGAUUUAACAGACAUCCACGACGAUUUUGAGACCGAUUCUGGCUGCCUCGAAUUCUACAAGGUAAUAGAGCAUGCUUCUAGAGAGUUGCAGAGAAAUCCUCGCGUUGCUGAUGAGACUCUCUUCUACGGCAGGGCGUAUUUUGGCGUUCUGGCGUGCGAGCCUCUCUGA